AUGUAUUCCACUAACAAAAUCCAAUUUCUUACCCUUACAGAUCGAAUUAACAUAAAGAGAAAAGGUGCAUGGCCUUCUGCCUACCUCUCUGUUCAGAAUGUGAUUGAUUGUGCUGGUGCAGGAUCCUGUGAAGGUGGAGACCACUCAGGUGUUUGGAUGUAUGCCCAUGACCAUGGCAUUCCAGAUGAGACCUGCAACAACUACCAAGCUAAGGAUCAAAAGUGUAAGAAGUUUAAUCAGUGUGGAACUUGCGUCACUUUUGGAGAAUGUCAUGUGAUAAAGAACUACACUCUCUGGAAAGUUGCUGACUAUGGGUCCGUCAGUGGAAGAGAAAAAAUGAUGGCAGAAAUCUAUACUAAUGGACCAAUUAGCUGUGGCAUAAUGGCUACUGAGAAGUUGGAUGCUUACACUGGAGGACUUUAUACAGAGUACAAUACCUCACCUGUGGUCAAUCACAUUGUAUCUGUGGCUGGCUGGGGUGUAGAAAAUGGAACAGAAUACUGGAUUGUUCGUAACUCAUGGGGUGAACCCUGGGGUGAAAGAGGGUGGCUGAGAAUUGUGACAAGUGCAUAUAAAGGUGGAAGAGGAGCAGAGUACAAUCUUGCUAUUGAAGAGGACUGUACAUAUGGAGAUGCUGUACUUCCUUGAUUCUAUAUUGUACAUCUUUCUGUUUAGGAACUACUUUGUGCUGGGAAGCUUCCCAGCACAGCCUUUUUCUUUAUAAAAAAACCCAGCAGUUUAAAACAUUUUCACAGUUCAAUGCCAUCAAGUAGUUCUGCAAAAUUAGCCCAGAUAGCAACACAUAAGGUCUUCAA